CUCAGUCCUGCCAAAACUCAGGGAACAGAGGCUGCGCCAGGCGGAUCUCGCGAGGUUCGGGAAAAUGCGCCGGGAAGAGGGCCGGCACCUAGGCAAACCCCGGCGGGAGGGGGCAAAAUGGCGGCCCAGGUGCUGGCGCUCCUGAGGGAGGUGUCGCGGCUGGAGGCGCCGCUGGAGGAGCUGCGCGCUCUGCAAUCGGUGCUGCAGUCGGUGCCACUCAGCGAGCUCCGUGAGCAUGCUGCGGAACUGCGCCUCGGUCCGCUUUUCUCCCUGCUCAACGAGAACCAUCGGGAACAGACUACUUUGUGUGUAUCCAUCCUGGAGAGAUUGCUUCAAGCUUUAGAGCCAGUUCACGUGGCUCGGAACCUCAAGGUUGACCUGCAGAGGGGACUUACUCAUACCAAUGAUUCUGUAAAAAUCCUCACUCUGUCCCAGGUUGGAAGAAUUGUUGACAGUUCUGAUGCUGUUACUGAGAUUCUAAAUAAUGCUGAAUUACUAAAACAAAUCGUUUAUUGUAUUGGUGGAGAGAAUCUGUCUGUAGCUAAAGCGGCCAUUAAAUCCCUGUCAAGAAUAUCAUUGACCCAAGCUGGACUGGAGGCUUUGUUCGAAAGUAAUCUGCUAGAUGAUUUGAAAAGUGUGAUGAAGACAAAUGACAUUGUUCGAUACAGGGUGUAUGAGCUAAUUGUGGAGAUUUCCUCCGUGUCACCAGAAUCUUUAAACUACUGUACCACCAGUGGAUUGGUAACACAGCUCCUCCGAGAACUGACCGGUGAGGAUGUGCUGGUCAGAGCCACCUGUAUAGAAAUGGUGACAUCACUGGCAUAUACUCAUCAUGGACGACAGUACCUUGCUCAAGAAGGAGUCAUUGAUCAGAUUUCUAAUAUAAUUGUUGGGGCGGAUUCAGACCCUUUCUCUAGCUUCUAUUUGCCAGGAUUUGUGAAGUUUUUUGGAAACCUGGCUAUCAUGGAUAGUCCUCAACAAAUCUGUGAGCGUUAUCCUGUCUUUGUGGAGAAAGUCUUUGACAUGACAGAAAGUCAGGACCCCACCAUGAUUGGUGUAGCAGUGGACACGAUUGGAAUCCUGGGAUCCAAUGUUGAAGGAAAACAGGUUUUACAGAAAACAGGAACUCGCUUUGAACGAUUGCUCAUGAAAAUAGGAUAUCAAGCAAAGAAUGCCUCAACAGAGCUCAAAAUUAGGUGUUUGGAUGCAGUUUCCUCUCUUUUCUAUUUACCACCUGAACAGCAGACUGAUGACCUCCUGAGGAUGACAGAAUCCUGGUUUUCUUCUUUAUCUCGGGACCCGCUGGAGCUCUUCCGUGGCAUCAGUAAUCAACCUUUCCCUGAACUACACUGUGCUGCCUUAAAAGUGUUUACGGCCAUCGCAAACCAACCCUGGGCUCAGAAACUUAUGUUUAACAGUCCAGGUUUUGUAGAAUAUGUGAUGGACCGGUCCGUAGAGCGUGACAAAGCUUCGAAGGAUGCCAAAUAUGAACUGGUAAAAGCGCUUGCCAAUUCCAAGACAAUUGCAGAAAUCUUUGGUAACCCAAAUUAUUUGAGGCUUAGAACUUACCUGAGCGAAGGUCCAUACUAUGUGAAACCUAUUUCCACGACAGCAGUGGAAGGAGCAGAAUGAUUUCUUCUAGAGUCUAGACCAUUUAUUGACCAAAAUUUCUUCUGAGGCAUUUGACUCCAUAUGUGUUUUACAAAACAGAAACUUCCCUACCACCAAAAUUAUCAUGGAAUAUCUGAUGUAAUCUUACCAUUAACAUUUGUUGUGUUUCUACAUUGAAAUUCAGUGUAAAACCAGGAAAGCAGACAAACUUGAUCAUAAUUGAACCAGACAGUUCUCAGAUUCCUUUGACUGCCUUAGUCCUUGCAAAAAGAUGGAAGAAGUUUUAUUUUCCCCCCAGAAAAUUUUUGUGGACUUACUAUAUUAUUUUAAAAUUCACUUCAUCUAAAAU